AUGGCCCAAUCAGCAGAGGAGAGGUUUAGCCUCAUCAAGGAGAAUCUCUCCGAGGUUCUGAACCCUGAGAUCAUCCAGUCCAUUCUUGAUGAGGGUCGCAAUCCCAAGAUCUACUGGGGUACUGCCACCACUGGUCGACCUCACUGCGGUUACCUCGUCCCUGCCGUCAAGAUCGCUCAGUACCUUGCCGCUGGUUGCGAUGUCACCGUCCUCCUCGCCGAUAUCCAUGGAUUCCUCGACAACUUGAAGGCCCCUAUCGAGCUUGUGGAGAAGCGUGCAGAAUACUACAAGUUUGUUAUCACAGCUAUGCUCAAGGCAUGCGGAGUUUCUACCGAGAAGCUGCGUUUUGUAUUUGGUAGCUCUUACCAGAAGACUUCCGACUAUGUUAUGGACCUGUACAAGCUAUCCUCAGUCGUGUCGGAACACGAUGCCAAGAAGGCUGGUGCUGAGGUUGUCAAGCAGACAGCCAAUGCGCCUCUGAGCGGUCUCCUGUACCCUCUUCUGCAAGUUUUGGACGAGCAGUACCUCGACUGUGAUGUUCAAUUUGGUGGUGUUGACCAGAGAAAGCUAUUCGCUGCUGCCACUGAGUGGUUGCCCAAGCUUGGAUACCGAAAGCGAGCUCAUCUCAUGAACCCUAUGAUCGCCGGCUUGAACGGUAACAAGAUGAGUUCAAGUGACGAGAACAGCAAGAUUGACCUUUUGGACGCCCCCGAGGUUGUGACGAAGAAGAUCCGCAAGGCCGAGUGUGUUCCUAAGGAAGUAGAGGGCAACGGCGUACUGGCACUCGUCGAGUAUGUCAUUCUACCAGUUUCUGGUCUGCGAAACGGUACUCGGGAGUUCAAGGUCGAAAGACGGGACGCCGAGCCCCUGAUUUACAACGACAUCAAGCAAGUCCAGGAGGAUUACCGAGCCGAUGUGUUGACACCUCAAACUCUGAAGGCUGCGCUGACUGAAGGACUUCUUGAGUUGAUGAAGCCAAUACAGGCGGAAUACCAAGCCUCGCAAGAAUGGCAGGAUGUCACCCUGAAGGCCUACCCCCCACCCGUGAAGAAGGAGAAGAAGAAGAAGAACCUUGGCACAAGGUUUCCCGGAGCUAAGGGGGGAGAGAAUGCUGAGGCCGAAGUGACCAAGAGGGCCGAGGACUUGACAAUUGCCGACGUUCAGGCAACUGAGGCCAAUCCUACCGCCUGA